CGCUGGCUGCUGCACUCGGCGCAGGGCGUAGAGCCGAGUGGGCGCGCAGGCUCACCCACGGAGGUGCUGCAAAUUGAGAGAAUCCUGUAGAGAACUGAAAAUAGAGUUUUAUGGUUUCAGAACUUGAAGCAACACUUAUUCAUAAAGAUAAAAUGCAUACUCUCCAGAGCAGUUGCCCGAAUGAUAGCUGAGCAACACAUUUGAGAGACUGUCACUAUGAAAAUUGUUUGUGUCUAUUGCUAUUGUAUUUGACUAAACCAGCAAAGAGCCACUUGUUUUGAAAUGCAGCUAAAGAAAAUGAGAGAAAUUUUACCAAAACUGUAUACAAGCCAAGUUAAUGACAUAAAUAAUUCUUUGACUACAUCUCCAAAGCAAGCCAAUGAGGAUGAAGCAAAUCAACCAAAAGGGACUGAAGGCCAGAAUUGUGACUAUCAAGUGGCUGAAGCUGAGGAUAAGCUGUCAUUGGUCCUUUGUAUAAAGUGCAGAAGUAUGCAAAAACUUCCAGUGCAUGAAUUACAAAAGCAUAACAAACCCAGGCAGACUGAAGACAAAAACUUUGUUUGCAGCAGUUGUAGUCUGAAUACGCCACCGACUUUCCAUUUUGUAGCUGACAGUGCCACUGCCAUAGAUUUAGAAAAUCAAGAAAAACCAUCCCUAAGUAAAACUCAAAAAACAUUUAAAGUAAAAAACUUUCAACCAGACAAAUAUUACUGCGAUAAAUGUCGAUUUUCAACAAAGGAUCCUUUGCAGUAUAAAAAGCAUGCAGUUCAACAUGAGGAGAUUAAGUUUGUUUGCUCCCACUGUAACUAUGUAUCCUACACCAAAGGAGAAUUCCAGCGGCAUUUGGUGAAACACACUGGAACUUUUCCAUAUCAGUGUGAAUACUGUGAAUAUGGUGCUGUUAGACAUGAUUAUAUAGUUAAGCAUACCAGAAGAGUACAUGAAACAGUUACUGAGAAGGGGCCAGUGAAUAUGGCUGCAAAGCAAGAGCAAAAGAGAUCUUGCUUAUCAAAGAGAAGCACUUUUUCUGACAAGCAGAAGUGUGAUCUAAAAGUUCCUCUUCAGAAUGAGCCUUCAGAUUUAUCGUCAAGUACAGCUUUCAGCAAAAUCCAAGAUGAAAUGAGCAAAAGAGUUUGUUUGUCUGGCGAUGUAGAAUGUAGCCUAGGUACAGCAUCAGUCCGAGAUAAAACUGUAUUGGAACCAGCUGAAUUAAACAUAUAUGAGAACCAAAAUGUGGAAGUUGAAGUUUAUUCUCCAAAAAAAGAACCCGUACAGCCUGGAAUGCCAUUAACAGUGAUUGCACCUUCAGAACUUGUAGUUCCUUCUAACUGCUUAGCUCAGUUAUUAGACAUAAAAAUAGUGAAUGGAACACAACAAUUGGUUCUUAAACUUAUUCCCCUGAAAGAAACAAGUAAUAAGCCUAUAAACUGCGAAGAAGAGAAACCCAGGAAUCAAGGUGCAGAACAAACAGAGAAAGGAAAAAGACUAACUUCUGUUGCUCAAAAUGAAUUAACCACUGAAGCAACUGUAAAUGUAUCUAGUAUUAGUAACAUGUUUGCUUUAGAUAAUAAAUACAACAGGAACUCUGAAUGUCUUAAUUCCUCCAAUUCUCAUACUUCAGACUGUAACUCAAAUGUACCUAAGCAGGAUAAAUCAAAAAUAAGUUGCCCUAAAUCCUCAAAUAAGGAAAAAUAUGCAAAAAAUGAUUUAUACUGUUCUAAAGAGACUCUGGACAUGCCCACAUGUGCAUAUGCUGCUUCUGCUGAAGGUGAUGGAUCCCAGACUGUUUUGUUGCAGGCGGCUCAGAGGAGCAACAGUUCUUCUUCAUCUCCUGCCCUUGGAGAAAAGGACAUAUUGCCUUUAAAUGGUGAUGACAAAGAAUGCAGGAGCCACAUCAUUAGCUCUCUGAAAACACAUUUAUUUGAUACCUGUUUAGUUAAAGAAUCUUUUAAAACUUCUCAAGGAGGAGGAGAGUUCUCUUUAAAUAAAAGUGCAUCUUUAGAGGAAUCAAGUGUUGGCUUAAGUAAAUUAAACAGAGAGAACUCUGAUUGUCAAAAUAAUCCUUUAGAAGCUUUAGAAUUGCAGAAUGUAGAAAAUAAGGACAGCCCUCCUGAGGGUCCUGUCAUUUCAUCUGUAUUUUCCCUUAGCUCUGGGGCUGAAAACAUCCCAGAGGGAAUCAAGUGGGAUAAUACUGCAUGCAGUAAAAAGUCAACAACAAUGCUGUGUAGAAAGAUUGCUCAGUUGAUGUCUGCUGCCGAGUGUAAUGUGAAAUCUACAUUGGCUGCUUCACCUAUGCCUGUUAGAUGUUGUGCUUCUAAUAAGAUGCCUUUGCCUCAGGAAACUUUAGCAAACUCUGAAAAAAAUGUCCCUGUUACUGAAUUGGAACAAUUUGCAUCUUCUCUUCAAACACCGCAGAAUGGUGGGAUUGGUAAUGAACUGUGUAAUAAACAACCACCACAAUCACGGUCAGCUACAACAAAAACUAAAAGUAGAAUGACUAAAAACACUCACGUUGCUACUCCAGUGUUCAUUCCAAAAGGGACAGUGCUGAGGGUCCUGAAUGUUGCUAGGAGUGAAAACACAAAAGAAGUAGGAGAUAAGAACGAAAUUACAUCUGUUACGAUGUGUUGCAAUGAAAUGUUUCUACCACGACCAGUUCCUUUCAGCAUUUCUGAGAAACUAAACAGUAACUUUCCUUUGCCCAAUGAGAGUGAACUUAAUGAGCAGUCCAGAAAUCAAAAUAUGUCACUUAGGCACAGACCAAAAAGAGAGUCUAAUGCAAAAAGUAAUAGCAAACAAAAUUGUGUACUACUGCAUCAAAAAAGUGAUGAGCUAAGUAAGCAGAGCAAACUUACUUCAAAGGAUCAACUUGUAUCUAAAAAUAAGGUAAAACAAGCAAAUUCCAGGGAUUAUUUGUCUAAGAAGAAAACAAGAAGCCACUCAGAAACCAGUGGCAUUUCUGAGGCGAUGCUUCUUUUGACAGCAAGACGUCUUAGGCUUGUACCUCUUAGAGAACAUCAGUUGAUAAAAUGCCCUCGUCGUAACCAGCCUGUAGUUGUGUUAAAUCAUCCUGAUGUUGAUUCAGCAGAGGUAAUUAAUAUAAUGAAAAUUGUCAACAAGUAUAAAGGCAAUAUUGUGAAAGUCGUUUUAUCAGAAAGAACAAGUAGUUGUCUUGGUGUGAAACAGUAUAAUAAACGGCUUACAUUUCAGAACUUGGAAACAAGAAGCGAAAUGAAAAAGCAAAACUUUUUAAAAAUGAAGCUAAAAAAGACCCAUAGAAACAACUACCGGGUUGUGGAAACGUCACCAGCUAAAACACUGCAGUGUAUGUUUAAGUGUUGGUUUUGUGGAAGGAUAUAUGUAGACCAGGAAGAGUGGAUAAGUCAUGGACAGAGACAUUUGAUAGAAGCAACCAAAGGCUGGGAUGUUCUUUCUCUUCCUCUAGAAAGCCACAAGUGAGAAUCUGUCAGUUUACUGCUCUUAUUUUAAUACGAGUGCCAUUAAUUUGUUUGGAAAGGGAGACAGAAGUAAAUAUUUUACUGGAGGAUUUUUAUAUUUAGCAGGUGGGAGAGUAGUAAUAGGGAUUACAAACUGUAUGAGAAGCCAGUCUUGAGCACUAAACGCUACAUAGCACUCCGAUGCCUGAAAUAAGUGUUACGGCUGUUCCUUGCUUUUUUGAAGGAGACCUGGAAAUUAUAUGCUCUGAAAACAUUCUAGUUGAAUUCUCUUCAAUAGGACACUAUAUGCAGUAAUGUUAUGUUGCAGGGUCAACACAGAUUUAAAAUAUCCAACUAUAUGACUAGCUUAGUGGUUCAGCUAUCAGGCAUAAGUCUAAUGAAGAGCAUCUUUGACUCCGCUAUGAAUAAAAAGAUGUUCAUCAUAAUUUAGUAGCAAAUUAAAAAAAAAAUGCCAUAGAGGAAGAAACUGGUGCUGAAUCUGAUCAAACUCCAAUUUUAUGGAACAGAAGUAACUCCACUGACUUUAGUGGAGCUAAACCAGUGUAAAUGAGGAAUUGGUGAGAUCAGAAUCAGACCCAUUAUGUGGAAUGGCAAUGAAAGCUUGAUUCUGUGUUGUGCAGCCAGGGGCCAAGCUGUGUAUUGUGCCACACAGGUGUGAAGGGAGAAGAGGACACAGGUGACUACUUACUGUGCAAGCAAGCAGGAGCUCAACUUAGAGUGCUUGAAAUGAGGCCUGGCUUCUUUACUGGCUGGCAUGAUGUGAUUCUGAUGGAUUGUGCUUUAAUGAGUUAGGACCUGACCACACCAACCUAUGCUGUAGGGCGUAAUGAUCAGUGCUAUGUGUAAUCCCAUUAGAAACGUACAUGUUCAGGAUAGAGCCUUUAACCAGGACCCCAGCCAGCCUAGCAACUAGGGCAUAGAUGAGAAGAACUAGUUGGAGAAGCAGACUGCUGCUUUGAAAAAAGAGAAUUUAUGUUGCAGAACUCUACAUUGCCAGUACCUAUCCACAUUUUCAGUAGAAUCUUUGUUUUGACAUCCUAAAUGUGAAGAAUUUGAAUGUUAGAAUCUACACCUGUAAGCCUCAAUUCAGCAAGCUACUUACCAAUAAUAAGAAGCACAUGCCUAGGCAUACUCCCAUUGAUUGCUGUGUGACUACUCAGUGAAGUCAGUAGGAUGAUUCAUGUGCUAAGUGCCUUGCUGAAUGAAGGUGAGUUUUUAGUCGGGAAAGAGGAUGGAUGAUAGUGAAGUUUAAUAGUUGGCCACUGACGUAUAGAAUUUCCUUGGUUAUCUUGUCACAAAUUGUAAACCAUUUUAUUUUUUAAAAUGUCAUGUACAGCAAGUAAUGACUUGAGCACAUAUUUGCAGUCACAUUUCUACAGGUAAAAAAAUAAUGAAUUUGAUGCUGGAGAUGCAUUAUACAUUUGAACGUUGUAUAAAUGCUUGUAGUUCCUAAUUGUUAACAGUGGAAAAACACAUUUUGUUAAAAAAACAAACAGACAAAAAAUACAACACCCCUCCCACCCUCCACCCCAAACAACCUACUAGUCUGGGAAUAUUUUUGUUUUUUUAUACUCUAGAAAAUUAAACAUGCUUUUGAUAAGAUAUGUUCUAUAUCUGUAUUGAAAUGUAAAUACUUUGAAACUAUAAAGCACAUGUUGAGACUUAGGUCUAAUUUACAAAAACACUUAUGUGAAACUUUGUCAGAGCAUUUUGCAAUACAGUAUUAAAAUCUUCAGAUAUUUGGUGCUCUCAGAAGGGAGAUCUUGUAUUACUUUGCAACUUUUUGUAUUGUAGUGAGAGGCUAAACUGUUCAAUAGAAUACAUUUUUGUAUUCUCUGUUUUUUUCCAGUAAUUAAAUGACAGUUCUUAUUUUGAAAUGGGAAUUUAUAUUUUUUUAGAUAGGUACAGUAGAGAUUUUCACUGUGUUCUUUGAAGCCAAACAUAAUAUUGUUUUUAAAUUGUGAAAAUAGUUUCCAUUUCUAAAUUCUGUCAUAUCAGAGUAUAAUAAAUAUUGAAACUGGUAACACAUGAAAAACCACUUCUGGCCAAAUUCUUCCUCACUUACACUCAUCAGCCCAGGCAGAUGUUUGAACCGACUUAAGUUUCUGUAGAAGCUAUUGAGGAAAUACUUUUGAAUCCUCUAUUUGUUUAAGAGAUGUCAUUGGCAAAAUAUGAAUAUCUUUAAUCAACUUUGUAUUCUUAAAAAUGGUGCUGCGUGCAGGAUUAUAAACAGAUUGUAGAUGGGCUUAGAAGUGUUUUCCUUUGCCUAUUUUAGUAAACAAAGAAGAGUCUUUUUGUAUCUGAAUUGUUAAUCUACAUGCAACUGUUCUCCCUGUAUUCAGUUUACAAAAUAUAAGUGUAUUUAUAUUAACAUGAACAUUUUUAGUAAAUUGAAUUGUAUGGUGACUAUAAAAAUUAGACAGCAGAUCUCAUGCCUCUUUCUCUUGCCAAGGAUAUCCAAACUCAGCCCAGAUGAGUGUGUCUCUGAUUUUUGUUUUUUGAUGUAGUAUUGUCUUUGGUUAGUUUUCCUUCUGGAAUUUUAAUACUUUUGUGACUUAAGAAGUGUGUGACCUGGAUUCUCUCCUGUGCUGAGCUUCCUUUGACAGAGUAUGCUCCAAGAGAGAGGCUGUCUGGGAGUUGGGUAUGGCUUUCUGUUUCUCAGGGCAGAUUUGCACCUUGAUGAGCCCAGUAGAAAUUAGAAUAGGGAUUGGAAUACCCUAUUAGGGCUCUAUAACCAUUUUUUUUCCUGCAUCCUGCCAGACAAGAUACUCUUUCUUGUUCCUGAUUUGUUAAACUGAUUCUGACUGAUUCUGUUUUCUAUUAUAUUUUAAUCAUCUAACCAAUCUCGUGGGAAGCACGCUUGAGAGACCCACUGAAGGUUUGAGGAACAGAAGCAAGGUUUGCCCUACACGUUCAAGCUGAAUUUAAACUACAGAAACUGUGCAAAUCUCAAAUGAUGUAAAUAUAUACUAUAUAUUACAUAAGAAAUUCUUUUUGUACAAACUUUUUAGUGUGUGUAUUUUUAAAGUGGCCAGAAUUAUGCUCUAGUGCCUCUGACUAUGAUUUCCUCUCAAGUUUGCAUAGGGUAUGAAUUCAACGGGACUAAAUGCGUGAGUAAUCUUACCUCCAUAAGGGUUUGAAGAAUUGGGAAUGAAACACAAGCCUCUGUUGCUUGAGCUGAAGAAUAGUUACUGUUAGUCAUCCCUAGUAGUAAGAUUUAUCUCAUGGAGGCCAGCCCUAAAGUCUGAUCCAGAAUCAUAGAAUCAUAGAUUAUUAGGGUUGGAAUGGACCUCAGGAGGUCAUCUAGUCCAACCCCCUGCUCAAAGCAGGACCAGUCCCCAAAUCCCUAAAUGACUCCCUCAAGGAUUGAUCCAGUGGUGGUUGAAGUCUGUUGAAAGACUGUAAUUGGUUUCAUGAAUAUUGGAUUGGUCCCCUACUGAGCAGGUGAUUGGAUUGUUUGUUUAAAACCAGCCUAUAGUCUGCCCCAACAGAGAAAUGGUUAAACAAUAAGCACCAAGUUAGAUGCAACUUUUCUGAGUUUAAAUGCGGGAAUAUUUUGUAAUGCAAUUCUAAUAUAUUACAUUGUUUUGUUUCAUGGAUUUAUUUUGUAUUCCUAGUAAUGGAGAGGUUUUGUUAAUAUAAGCAAUCAAACAGUUUAUCAGUUAUCAGCAAGACAGGCAAAAUAUUGCUUAGAAGUUAGCUGCUUUUCAUACCUUUUAUUUGCAGUUGUACUAUGACAUUUAUUUGUACGUGCAGCAACACCCUCUAUUUGAAGUUUCACUUUUGUAUAUUUCAUAAUUUUAAUCAUGCACAGCAGAGUACAAUUUGAUCUAGUCUCACAUAUGAGAAAUCACAUUUCAUGGAAGUUUCUCAUGAAUAAAAUGAAGAGUUCUCAUUCUUGUUGAACUCAAGUCUAAUCUCCUAAUUUCUACACAGAUAUUAAAUAUUAAAGUGUUCUUAUUUCUACAUUUAUACAAACAGUUGAAAUCACUUAGGGUAAGAGGCAUCUUCUGUUCAACUUAAAAGGGUGUGUUAGGUAACAUUGUUCUCUCUGGAUUCCAGACUUAUCCUUUCCAUCAAUAAGUGUAAUGGGAACAUAUGUGUAGAAGUCAAUGAUUUCUUGCACAGAACCAAACUUCUGAAAAACAAUAAACAAUUGAACAGAGAAAUGCUGAAAAUCCUUAUCUUCUGAUAUGAAACAGGUAAGAAGAACCAAAGCAAUACCACAUAUAAGAAAUAACACUCCUCCCCACGCACUGCCACCCCAUUUGAUCCCCUUUGUGCCUCCAGUAGUCUUCCUUGCUUAAUAUCACAUUGGGACACGGUAGCUUUCUUUUUUAGGGGCAGAAGGUUUUACACCCUGGGAAUUUAACCUAAAAUCCAGCAAACAGCAAUAUGUGUGUGUUUUUAAAGUGUGGCAUUGCCCAUAAGGGAUUAAACUACUGAUUUUAUUUAUUUAUAUACACUGGACCCUUGCUGGAAUGCGGGAUUUGCAGUCCAUGCACGGUACCGCAUUAAUGCGGGGACCACAUUAAAAUGAAUUGCAAUUAAAAUAAUUAAAUUUGGGAUCCAUGGCUGCAACUAUAUUAUAUGCAAAUUCGUGCUAUAUAGACGAGUGUUCUAGUGAGGGUCUGGUGUAUAUAAAAACCCACUCACCGUUCCUAAUCUGUUACUUACUGAAGUAUCCAAAAAAAACAAAAAAAGAAAACAAACUGACAUUCAGUGCAGAAUACGUUAACUGUUGUAUAAUAUGCUUCCUUGUCCUUCCUGAAAUUGAUGUCUUUUAGUGAAUAUAUUGAGCUCAUGGGUUUUGAUAGCACUUACCUCCCAGCUGUUAUGAGGAAAGUAAGAUAAAAACAUCCUACUUUUUUUUAAACUAAGCAGUUGGGGAUAUCUUUUGAGGAGCUGAGCAUCUCUCACCCUCAUUAACUUUAAUGAGAUUUGAAAGUGCUUAGUAGUAACUCCCAGAAGAUGCUUGGCUCAUUGUACGAUCGGGCCCUCAGAUGAGCUCAAUUUAAUAUACAAAAUAUAUAUGUAAAUGUGUAAAGCUGUGGCUUAAUUGCCAGCAAAAGGCACCAACAAAGUUAUGAUUUUAAAAUUGUUUUUUCUCUUUUGCUUGUAUUCAUUGCAUUAUGGCUUUGUACCAAUUUAACUGCAUGAGGUUUUAGACAAAUGGUGUUGGUCAUUGUGCUGCUAAUAGAGCGGUAACAGUUUUCUAGGAUAAAUCCAAACUCUAGUCAAUACAUUUUUUUUUCAUAAAGAGAUGUAAGGCCUAACGCUGUCCUUGGAUAGAUGCUUAAGUGGAAUCGAUUCCUUCUCGGAAAACUUCCCAAGGAAAAGUAUGAAAAAUAACAUAUAUGAGUAUACAUUAGUUAACAAUCUGAAUAUGAAAGAUCAAAACCAGUAUUUGGGAUGGAAAAAAAUUGCUAGAUUAAAUUAAUUGAGUUUAAAAAAAUAGGUAAAAUAAAUUAAUCCAAAAGUGAAAGCAUGAUGCAGAAAAUUUCCAUCAGAAGAGCGUUAUCCUUUAAAGAAGUGAAGAUGCGAAAUUGGAGAGAGGAUGGCAAAGUACAGAUUUUGUCUGCAUCUAUUUUUUUUCUGUCUCCCACAUGCAAGUAUGGAAUUCACUUAACAAUAUACUAAUCUGUACUAAAUACCUUUGAAAAGCAUUUAAGCAGACAGGGAAAUUGCAGAUUGCAAUUUUACUCUAAUUGUUGAAGCCUUAUAAAUGUUUUAACCUCUUUGAGACAAACUAAGAAGAGAAUAAACAAGAAAGAGCGGCUUUGGACUCCUGCUUACUCCAUCUGAAAUGCAGAGGCAACUCUGAUGAACGGUACAUGCUGUACCUGCACCCCUACCCCAGUUCAGUGCAUCAGUUCCCUCCCCACUUCCCAAAGGCAGGUGCUGGUGUGAUAGAAAGAAAUGCUUCUCUUGGGAGUGUCUCGUCUCUGGGGCUUCCCAGUGCUGCACAGAAACUCUGGUCAAUAGGAGACUUUAAUCAAUCUCCAUUGUUGGUUUCUGGGAAAGUUUUUUUUUUUUUUUUUUUUUGAGUUAAAAAAAACAACCAUAGAAAGCCAACAUUAAAAUGGAGGAUUUAAGCCAUUUCUAAUAGUUAUAGAUGUAUUUUGUUAAAACCAGCCAGUCUUGUACACUAUGGUGAUAAGAACUGAGAGACUAAUAAAAUACUUAUUUUUGAAAAUGGAACAGCAUUGUAAUAUGAGUACUUUUGGUGCAGAUCCACAGUCUAGGGUGGGCAUGUGCCCUCUGUGCACAGAUUAGAACCUACUUUUAAGUUCUGACUUUUGGGUCUGUUCAUCACCUGAGAUGACAAGGUUGGUAUGUCUACCUUCCCAUGUCUAUCAAAUCAUUGUAAGAUUUUUUUUUUCCUCAAAGUUGUUUGCAUUUGUAAGAUCAUAUAUAGGUCUGUCUUUUCCAAUGUGCUAAAAUGUCUGAAAUUUUGGUAGCACUCUGUACCAUUGUGUAAUAGUGCUCUGUACUGCCAGUUUUACUCCAUUUUUUAUGAGAAUUCUAUCUCCUGUUUUGGAGCCUUUUUAUUUUGUCUGAAUCCAUUAACAAGAAGUCUCAAGUGUGCAUCUUGCGAAAGGCAAGAUGUCAUUCACCAGCCUCCACUUCAGCUGGGUGGUUGUGCUUGGAAGAGGGUCAUCCAAAAAUGUGAUGCUCAGUUUACUGAUUUCACUAAAACAUUCAUAUGGAGUGAAUAUGAGUGUUCAUUUGUUUUUUUUUGACAGAAGAGGCUUUGAAAACUUAGGCAAGGUCUGGCCACAGUGCCAAGUGAAGGCCAGGCCCUUCUCCCUUAUGAGAGCUGACACAAAUCACAGGCCAUAUGCAAGGAGUCCUUGGUUCCAAGAGGUUCCAGGAAGCCUCAACAGUUGAAGAAUCAUACAAGCUUGAAUAUCUCUUUCAGGGAGAGGGAAGAAGCAUCACCACUGUUCCCCUGGACCACACUGUGGUCCCAGGAAAACAGCUAGAAACUCAGAUCUGAAAGAGUCAGCACUUUUUUAGAGUGCCUCACAACCAAGACAAGGGGGCUCCAGCAACACCUUGGUGAUGAACCUUUUGAAUCCGAGGGAUGGAACAUCUAUAUUCUUGGUGUGAACAGUUCCUUUAAGAGCUGAGUGCUGGCUGGAAUCUACACUGUGAUUAUUAAGGUAUUCUAACCUCUACUUCUAAGUCUAACUCAUUGUGUCUGAGCUGGGAUCCCUUUCUCAUUGCUAACCCUGCAUCCACUGAAGGGAAUCUGACAUUGGAACUCAGGCCUCAAAAGUGCUGUCAGAUGCAUAAAGUAAAAACUGAAAAAAUAGCAAAAAUUAUUUUUAAAAAAUUGCAUAUGUCAUUUGGAACCACAUGGAUGAAACUAUAUAGGCCAGAACUGUUCUUACUUGGGCAAAAUUCCUGAUGGUUUAAAAUGGGAAUUUGAGCAUUUAAAAUUAGGCCCUAAAUUAUUUCUGUGACUUAUUUGUCAGCAUUUCAAGCAGUUACUAUUUGAAAUGAAACUUUUAAUGAAAAACCUGACAAGUUAGUUAUCUUUAUGCUACGUAUUUUAUAAGAACGGCCAUACUGGGUCAGACCAAAGGUCCAUCUAGCCCAGUAUCCUGUCUUCUGACAGUGGCCACUGCCAGGUGCCCGGGAGAGAAUAAACAGAACAGGUAAUCAAGUGAUCCUGUGAUGUUGCACUCUGUAUGAUUUUAUGAAAAUAUGCUAAUGUAACGAAUAUGCUUCAUGCAAAAGGUCUCUUAUAAGGUAUCAUUACAAAGCUUAUAAUCUGAGUGUGAUCAUCCUAUUUGUAUAAAGGUACCACUCUUGUAUCUGAAACUAGAAAUAUGAAAUAUAACUCUGAGGACCUGUUGUAGUUCUGCAAAGUGGGGGCCAUUAAUGGUGGUUUGGAAUCUUGAUGGCUCCCAUUAACCAGGACAAUUGACUGUAGAUGGGUGUGUUUUACUUGUAAGUCUGCCUGUAUACCUGUGUGCUGGCAAGUGGGUAAUGAAGUCUUACAGUGACGUGAUCAUCUCACCUGAACUGGAAUCCAUCUUUAAUCUGGUGCUUUUCCAUUGGGGGGACCCAGAGGGACAAAGGAUUCCCGCCUUAUGCAAAAGAUAUGUAAGAGGGUAGAACAGAGAAAAGAGAGAGCCGUCAUGAAGAAUCCCCUAGCUACCACCUGAGCUGGAACAAGGGCUGUACCACGGGAGAGGAUUGUGCCCAGACUAGGAAGGCGUCCAGUCUGUGAAAGAGACUUAUUGAAACAUCUUUCCGGGUGAGGUAUUAUCUGUACUCAGUUGUAUUCGUGUAUUAGGCUUUGAUUUGCGUGUGUUAUUUUAUUUUGCUUGGUGAUUCUCUUUGUUCUGUCUGUUACUACUUGAAACCACGUAAAUCCUACUUUCUGUAUUUAAAAUAAAAUCACUUUUUUACUUA